AGAAAACCAACAAGCGGAAGAAUCGGGUGUUUGUCAAUAAUAGUACGAAAGACAAAUGUGCUGUUGGUCACCGUUCUUUACCAUAAGAGCGUUUUUCUCGCUUUUACCGGCACUGCGGGAUUUUUAGCGUCUUCAAAACAAGAACGUCGCCAUCAUAACGCAAGUCCAAGUGUGAUCGACUGUCUUCGGGUCAAAGGCCAUGGACGUCAGCAUUGCUGUGUCGCUGAUCCGGGGUCAGAUGGGCACAGUGGUGGAGCGGGCGGUGAACGGUGCGGUGGAGACCGUGCUGGCGGAGAUGCUGAAGGUCGUGGGAGUCAAGUUUGAGGAGCUGAAGGCACAAGUGGCCCUGAUGAAGAGAGACAUGCUCACGCUGCAGAGGGAGAAGGUUCUGAAGGAGAAGGAGAACGAAAACGUCCGGGCCAAGCUGCGAUACACUGAGCUCAAGCUGAAGUACUACAGACAAGGAGUGGAGGAGGAGCUGCAGCAGAGGGCCUCAUCCGCCAACCUGGUCCGAGUACAGCAGCCCCUGUUCCCCCUGGUGCACAUAGACGGAGCCGGACAGUCCUCCACCGAUGCAUCGCCCUCUUGUUCAACUCACACCACGAAUGCUGCAGAGGAACUAGAAGCAAGAAAACACCAACAAUGCAUCUCUCCUGCAAGCCGACAUGUUGUCCAAGUUGGCAGUCGUUCAGAGGAGAGAGUGGAGGUCUCCGACUCAAGUGACGCCCAGACAGAUGUGACGUGUUCCUCGCAGCCCGUGGUUGUACUGAGCAACGAUGCGGAGCAGGAUGACGACUGUGAGUGGACCCUCACAGAGCAGCCGCACACUGGCAACGUGAACGUCAGGGUGGUUCCUCUGACUGUCCAGAACCAGCAGCCCAUCGCUGAUGGUCCUUCUCUAGCUGAGAGCCCUCAAACAUUCUCAACCUCUCAGGUGAAGCAGGAGGAGGACGACCAGGUCAUCUGCAUCAAGGAGGAGCCGGAGGAGGAGCAGGAGGUGAUGUCCUCGGUGUUGCUGGACCCUCAGCUCCGACAGAGCCACGUGUCCGACCCUGAGAAUCAGAUAUCGGUCCCCGACUGGUGCGGCCCUCCAUCAAAUCAGAGGAAUCGAACCACCGUCUUCAACGCACCAGCUCAGACCUCAGAGUCCUCUGCCGUCUUCCCUCCAGGGCACCCGGCCCCUCCCCGGCAGAUGGUGCGUUCGUGGCCCAAAGACCUGACUCUUUACGAGGAGUACAAGCUGCGCAGGAACGAGCUUCGCCGGAGGAACCUGAACAGACGACGAGAGCUGGAAAAGACGCUGCCGCAGCCGCUGCUCGCCGACAUGCUGCGGGACCGCAGAGAGAAGACCCGCCUCAGGGUCGCCCGCUGGAGGGCGAAAAGGAAACUGCAGGCGUGUCUUGACCAGGCUCAAGGUGGCGCUGCAGCUCUGUCUCAGACGGGUUUUCCCACCAGCACCCAGCAGCCAAUAAAAUCACCUGGCGCCUCCACUUCCUCUGCACCGCUCGCCUUCAUCAGCCCUUCCACUUCACAGCAGAGAGGCAUAAACGUGACUCAGGUCAACCAGCACACAGUGACGUCAUCGUCCUACCAACACAUCAACACUUUCCCCAACGCGGACACGGUCUUGCAGUGACGGUGCUUGACUGAAGAAAAAAAAAAUCAUCCUAUUUAAGUGUUUUAAUAUUGAACUCACGUUACAAACAACAAUGUGUAAAUAUUUCUGAUAAUAUUAAACAUACAACAGAGAGACAGGACAGUUUUUCUUUGCAUAAAUAGACAAGAAAAUGUGACAAAGUUGUGCAAGACUAUGUUGUUGUGAGGACUCUUGGCUGCUCAGUCUUGUCAGAAUUAAAAGCAAAUUCAAUGCUGAUAAAUAUUAUGUCCCCAUCUUGGGACAAAUAAAGGAGUAUUGCAUCUUAUCUUGUUUUAUAUAAGCGUGACUCCUGGUGGUGUGUGUGUUACCCGCUGACCAUCUUCUGAGAGAUGGCGCCGGGCAGUGUGUAGAAGAGUAGAACCAGGAAGAGCGCUGUGAUGAGCAGCAGCAGACCGAUGAUGAUGUACUUCUUGUAGUUCUUCCACAGCAGGUUUAGGAAACACUUCAAGGGGUUUGUGAACCAGGAGAAGGAGGUGUCCGGGCGACUGUGGGGGAGGGACACAAGUCCAUGUCAACACAUACCGUCCGCAGUAAAAAGA